GACGUUGGCUCUUAAACUGUCAGCGGAAUGUGUUAAUUACAUAAGUUAAAUAUAAUAAUUUUUAUUUUGUAGAAAAAAACUUAAUUUAAACAAAAUUGGGAAUUCAAUUUGAGAAAAAUGCGCUGUUUUCAAAUAGCGCAUAUAAUAGCAUAAUAGAAUAUUCAAAGUAUACUGGUGCAACGAGGCAACAUUCUAAAAGCUAUAUGCAUAUAUACAUAUAUUUUGAUGUCAAUGGAAUUAAAUUGUAUUUUAACCAGAGAAAAUUUUUAACUUCUGUAUGGAAAUGAUGUUUUUAGCCAAGUUCGAAACCUAAAUUUUUCAAGAGAAGGCGAUUAAAGUUCUCUGGAAGGCUCAGGAACGAAUAUGAAGGUUAAAUGUGAAAAGCUAACAAGACGCAGCUAAGAAAUUUUCACAAUAUUAUUCCAAUACGACUGGGGAAAACUUAACAUAGCUGAGCGUAGUCAACAGGCAAGGCCAUGUCGUCCGAAUGGAUACAAGUGCUCCAGCCCUAAAUGUAUUCGAUGCAUUACUAGUUGGUGGUACUAGAAGGGGAAGGCUUGCUUUGCGGUAGAAAGAUCGGGUGGAAAGGGUUUUGGCUUCACUAGGUGUCUCCAACUGGCGCCGAUCAGCACGAGAAAGAAACGACUAACGCUCUUUGUUAAACUUGGCCAAAAUAGCUUGAGCGUUUCGCGCCAAUCAAGAAGAGGAAGAAAGCCCUAAUCGCAUUAUACUCUUUUUUAUAUUGUACGAGCAACAUGCAAGAGUGUCGUAAUAAAAAAAAAAAAAUUAUUUAGAUAAGUAUGCGAGAACAUCCACAGGCACUUGUAUUAAUAAAUUGUUUUAGUAAAUUUAACACUUUGACGCCGCUUUUAUUGACAUUUUUGUUGUUUAGAGCUAGCAAGCGAACGUUGUGUACUAAAACAGCUUUAAUAAAUAUUUAAAUUAAUUUCAAUUUACUUUGGUAUCAAGCUUCUUGGAGAAGUAGUUACAUAAGCGGCAGAACGGCAGAGUAUAUAAGAACGCAAAAACUUGAGUAAAAUCACAGUUGAAAGCUUCGCACCGAACCUAGCAUAUCCGUCAAAAUGGCCAACAAAUUCAUUUGCACUUUAUUGGUGAUUGCCGUAUGGGCCACAAGCACAUCCGCCGAUGGAAUAGAGAAUGGUAGUCCCACCACUAUUAAGGCACAUCCCUACGUCGUCUCUCUACAAGGAACCGAUGGAACACGCGUAUGCGGUGGUGCUUUAAUCGAUUCGAAGACCGUUGUCACAGCUGCUCAGUGCUUGGCUAACUACGACGUUUCACAAUUGGUCGUGGGUGUAAGCAACGGUGCUAAGACAGUAAAAAUUGCAAAGAGUACCUUCGAUGUUAACUUCGAUUAUGUGACCAUGGAAAAUGAUGUUGCCGUCGUAAUAUUGAAAAAGGCAGUAAGCGUUGGUUCGAUUCCAAUAGCUAGCUCACAACCAAAAACCGGUGCCACUGGUGUUGUCACCGGUUGGUCUGCAAGCAAUGCUCUGGUAGAUGUUUCGGAGAGCAUCAUAAGUGCCACUGAUUGCGUUUCUGGAGACUACAGUUACGAAGAGGGUGAAGUUUUGAGUACAAUGUUGUGUGGUCUCGCUGCAAACAAAGCUUGCAACGCUCUACCUGGUAGUCCUUUGGUAUCCAACAAAAAAUUGGUUGGUUUGGUUUCCUGGGGUUAUGGCUGUGUCAACAGUGCCAAUCCAGCUGUUUUCACCAACAUCGCUUCAGUGAGCUCAUGGAUAAAAACAACUGUAAAGAGUUUGUAAAAUUUUGAAUUUAUUGAGCAGCAAAUAAAAAGAUUCUAGAGCAUUAGA